AGCCCCCUACCCUCCCCCUCCCUGGCCCCAGCUUAGAAGUGACACACACUAGAACGAUUUGGGUGGCGGGCUAGGAGGUAAUGAGGGUACAAAGAGGGCACUGGGGUGGGGCUGCCCUACCCUGAGCACUGGAGAUCAGGGGACAGGCAGCACAGCUGACACUCUGAUGACCUUUUCCCUACAUUCAGCUAUUUUUAGCUCCAAUGCUGCCAUCCUCACGUGAGACCCUUUGGGCCCCCCCAGGUUCCCAGACCUCUGAGCAAUGUCAGCUUGCAGAAACCCGGCCCACCCCCACUCUGAUUCCCACCACAGAGAGGAGGGGAUUCUGGUUGCCGCCCCACAUCUGUUUUCUCAACCCAAAUUUGGGAGUGGGUGUCAGGUUCCCGGUGAGGGCGGGGCAGGGAUGGCCAGGCCUGAAGGACAUGGGGACACGGGCCAGAGCGACUGGCCCCACACGCGGACAGGAGCGAACCCAAACUGUGAAGGCCAACCUCCGGGAUGGCGGAAGCGCACCAGGCCGUGGCCUUCCAGUUCACGGUGACCCCAGAUGGGGUCGACUUCCGGCUCAGUCGGGAGGCCCUAAAACACAUCUACCUGUCCGGGAUCAACUCCUGGAAGAAACGCCUGAUUCGCAUCAAGAAUGGCAUCCUUAGGGGGGUGUACCCUGGCAGCCCCACCAGCUGGCUGGUUGUCGUCAUGGCAACAGUGGGUUCUUCCUACUGCAAGGUGGACAUCUCCAUGGGGCUGGUCUGCUAUAUCCAGAGGUGCCUCCCUGAGGGAUGUGGCCCCUACCAGACCCCACAGACCCGGGAACUUCUCAGCAUGGUCGUCUUCUCAACGGGCGUCUGGAUGACAGGCAUCUUCUUCUUCCGCCAAACCCUGAAACUGCUUCUUUCCUACCAUGGCUGGAUGUUCGAGAUGCAUGGCCAGACCAGCCACUUCACCAAAGUCUGGGCUAUCUGUGUCCGCCUUCUGUCCAGCCGGCGGCCCAUGCUCUACAGCUUCCAGACAUCCCUGCCCAAGCUUCCCGUGCCCAGCGUGCCGGCCACAAUUCAGCGGUACCUGGAAUCUGUGCGGCCCUUGCUGGAUGAUGCGGAAUACUACCGAAUGGAGACGCUGGCCAAGGACUUCCAGGAGAAGACUGCCCCCAGGCUGCAGAAGUACCUGGUCCUCAAGUCAUGGUGGGCAACUAACUAUGUGAGUGACUGGUGGGAAGAGUACGUGUACCUGAGGAGCAGGGCGCCCCUUGUGGUGAACAGCAACUACUACGUCAUGGACUUCGUGCUCAUCCAGAAUACAAACAUACAGGCAGCUCGCCUGGGAAACAUCGUCCAUGCUAUGAUCCUAUAUCGCCGUAAACUGGACCGGGAAGAGAUCAAGCCUGUGAUGGCGCAGGGCAUUGUACCCAUGUGCUCCUACCAGAUGGAGAGGAUGUUCAACACUACUCGGAUCCCGGGCAAGGAGUCAGACCUGCUGCAGCACCUCUCGGACAGCAGGCACGUGGCUGUCUACCACAAGGGCCGCUUCUUCAAGGUGUGGCUCUACGAGGGCUCCCAGCUGCUCAAGCCUUGCGACCUAGAGAUGCAGUUCCAGAAGAUCCUGGAUGACCCCUCCCCACCUCAGCCUGGGGAGGAAAAGCUGGCAGCCCUCACUGCAGGGGGAAGAACGGAGUGGGCACAGGCACGCCAGGCCUUCUUCAGCUCUGGCAAGAACAAGGCCGCUUUGGAUGCUAUCGAGCGUGCUGCUUUCUUCGUGGCCCUGGAUGAGGAGUCUCCCCACUAUGACCCCGAAGACGAGGCCAGCCUCAGCCUCUAUGGCAAGGCUCUGCUACAUGGCAACUGCUACAACAGGUGGUUUGACAAGUCUUUCACUAUCAUCGCUUUCAAGAAUGGCCAGCUGGGCCUCAACACGGAACACGCGUGGGCAGACGCACCUAUCAUAGGGCAUCUCUGGGAGUUUGUCCUGGGCACUGACACCUUCCACCUGGGCUACACGGAGACCGGGCACUGCCUGGGCAAGCCAAACCCCAUGCUUAUGGCUCCCCAGCGGCUGCAUUGGGACAUUCCUGAGCAGCCCAGCGUGGCCUCUGGGGAUGGAGGCCCCUCAGGUUGCCCUCUGUGUCUGAAGAUGUUGAAGGCUCACCGAGACCUGCCCAGCCUCACUGCUUGGAGAGCUCUGCCCCCAGCUGACCCUUCCAUAUCUUGGCAGUGCCGGGCCAUCAUCGAGAGCUCCUACCAGGUGGCCAAGGCACUGGCAGACGACGUGGAGCUGUACUGCUUCCAGUUCCUGCCGUUUGGCAAAGGCCUCAUCAAGAAGUGUCGUACCAGCCCGGACGCCUUCGUGCAGAUUGCCCUGCAGCUGGCCCACUUCCGGGACAGGGGCAAGUUCUGCCUAACCUAUGAAGCCUCCAUGACCAGGAUGUUCCGGGAGGGACGGACCGAGACCGUGCGUUCCUGUACCAGCGAGUCCACGGCCUUUGUUCAGGCCAUGGUGGAGGGGUCCCACAUGAAAGCAGACCUCCAAGAUCUCUUCCGGAAGGCUUCAAAGAAACACCAGAACAUGUACCGCCUGGCCAUGACAGGGUGUGGGAUAGAUAGGCACCUCUUCUGCCUUUACCUGGUCUCCAAGUACCUGGGGGUCAGCUCCCCUUUCCUGGCUGAGGUGCUCUCAGAACCCUGGCGCCUCUCCACCAGCCAGACUGCUCAAUUCCAGAUCCGUAUGUUUGACCCGGACAAGUACCCCAAACACCUGGGUGCCGGUGGUGGCUUUGGCCCUGUGGCAGAUGACGGCUAUGGGGUUUCCUACAUGAUUGCGGGCGAGAACACCAUCUUUUUCCACAUCUCCAGCAAGUUCUCAAGCUCAGAGACAAAUGCCCAGCGCUUUGGGAACCACAUCCGCCAAGCUCUGCUGGACAUCGCUGAUCUUUUCCAAGUUCUCCAGGCUGACAGCUGAGGGCUGGAGAAAUGCCAGCUGCCCUUUCAUCCCCACACUGUGGAAGAAGGGGCCUGUGGUCGGCUCACAGGCGUAAGGGGUGGCCAUGCACAGGUGUCCAGCCUCCAGGGACAGCUCUGGCAGCAGGCACUCCCAAACAGACGCUGCUCCCUGAGGGCCCAGGUGGUGGAAGUGGGGUUGGAGCAGGGAGGGAAUUUUGACUUUUUUUUCUUGCUAGACACUAAUAAAGAUAAGCCUCUGUAAUUCUCUCUUA